UAAUGGUGACACCGGACCCUGCAGCAGUGGACGAGACCGCGGGCUCUAUCGUUCUCACUGUUACCAACACAAUGUUGCCUACUUCCGGCUUAUGGGGCUUCACUUACGCAACGGCUGACGACACAGCAAGUGGAUCCGACUACACAGCAAUCUCUGCAACGCCAGCGCAAGUUCAAUUUGACCAAAGCACCUUUAACAUUACGAUCCCCAUUUUGGAUGACACAGAGCUCGACCCUGGAGAGACGUUCCUGGUCAAACUAACAAGCUUCUUACAGGGUGAACCUGACAUGAAUGUGAAAGUCACCAUAAUCGACGAUGAACGUGCACCGGUGCAGUUGAAGCAGCCUGCUGACAUUGCAAUCAAUGAGAACGCUUCCAACAACAUAACUCUGACACUUGAGAGGAACGACACCUCCACCCACAGCUUCACACUCCAGUUGCACAUCAUCGCUGGUACUGCCGAUGCCGGGACGGACUUUGCACAUUUCGGACUGUGGUUAAAUAUCACAUUUGCUGAAAACGUAACGAGAGUAACAACUACACUGGCCUCUGUCAUCAGUGACUUGCUGCAGGAACCCACAGAAGUGUUUACCAUUUUCAUCACCGGCACAGAGAUCACCAACAACAUCACUGUGGCCGUCACCAUCAGCGACAACGAUGCUCCAGAUUCCUUCCACUGUGGUAGGGGUAAGAGUCAACCCUGCCUCAACAGCGGCACCUGCAACAACGACGGCUGCCUCCCCAACACUGGCUUCUGCAACUGUUCUUCGGGGUUCGAGGGAGUGAACUGUGGAAUUGAAACGUCGACGAAAACCACGAACUGCAGUCCAGCGUGUGUGAAUGGAACAUGUGUGGAGGGCACGUGCAUCUGUGAUCCAGGUUUUGCAGGGGACAUUUGCGAUAAACCUGCAUAUUUUCACCAGUGCAAUCCUGCUAACUUCAGUGUCUGUAUCACGCCUUUAUCCGUCAACACUUUUGGCGGGGAUAUAUAUGUACACAACUUCAAGAACGUCUCCGCAUGCAACUUAACUCUGGCUCCGACUGUAGCCGACCCUAGCGACGGCAUCGUGGAUUGGUGCAAGGGAUAUGCCGCCGUCAUACCCUACAACGGCACCUGCGGUGAACUCGGACCGUCUUUUAGUGGCAACGUGACCUCCUAUGUACUCCAGUUGUUUGUGCAAUACACCAGAGAUCUCAGGCAGUGCACUGAUGAGAAGGUCACCUUCACCUGUGAGUUUAACAACAACUCCCUCGAAGUCAACUACAACAUCGGCGUUGAAGACCAGUCGGGCAGCAACGAUGUCACGUCUUUCCAGGGUGGGACAAGCCAACUUGUCCCCGCCAAUAUGGACGCCACAGCCAAAGAUGGAAAUCCACUCCCUUCCAUUCUAGCAUUGGGAACUGAUGUCAAAAUAACCUUGUCCGUUCAAAAUGUACCUGGACAGGCUGGUAUCAUCAUCCACUCCAUCACCGUCCAGAACAACAGAGCAGGGUUGGACAAGAGAUCUCUUUCUCUGUACAAUUAUGGGUGCGCCCCUCAAGUUUACAAGGCCAUCCUCAUCGAGCCCCCCUACUUCUCCCCAGCCGGACAGAAACACACAAUCUGCUUCAUCCUGAGGCUUUUUGUGUUUGAACAUGACAUGAGUCUGUCCAACCCUGUUCUGGUCCUAAAAGUCCGAUUUAGAGUCUUCAGUAAUGCAGCUUCAACUGUUAUGCCGGUGUGUAGCGGCCGAAGGAAACGACAGGCUGAAGAAGGAGAUCUCACCUUGUCAAGAACUUUCAAAGUCACUAUUGAAGAAAAUGGCGUCCAAACAGUCGUGAAAGGAGAGAUCAGCACUGGUGGCUCCAGAACAUGGAUGGUUCCAGCCGUGGUUGGCAUUGGAUGCGUCGCAAUCGCUGUUACCGUCAUUGCCAUCUUCUUGGGCGUCAUCAUCACCAGACGAAGGAGAAGGUCGAAUAUGAAACAAACUGACGACAAGUCUUAUUAUACACAUUAAGACUCCAAUUUU